AUGGCUUCCACUAGACUUGUAACUAUCGCUCGGCAUCUAAAACCAAAUGGCAGACAUCAACUUGCACGGCGUAGUUUAAUCACAGGACCUCAAUGGUUUGAACAAUGCAAGAAGAUCAAUGUGCUAGAUUCAUACAUGAGUUACUAUGACUCAGAAAAUCACCCUGACAAUGCCAUUGUUUUCUUACAUGGAAAUCCAACAUCAUCCUAUUUAUGGCGUAAUAUUAUACCACAUGCAGAUGGUGUUGCUCGGUGCCUGGCACCUGAUCUCAUUGGCAUGGGGCAGUCAGGUAUCAGUACAAAACCGGCUAUUUGAAUAGGUAGCUUUGGGUAAAGGGUUAUUAAAAUCAGGAUUAAUUUGGCUGUGUCAAAUUCUCACAAGUUUUUUAAAAAUUAAUUUUACUAUUUUCCCAAGUUGAGAUACCUUGAAAAGUGAAUUUUUAUAUGUGUUGCUAGCAUUAUUGCCAUCAUUAUCACCAUCAUAAAUAAACCCACCAUCAGUAUCACCAUCAUCACUACCGGUACCAUUGAUGAUUGAUCAUGAGCACAGGGCCUUUUUUAAGGAUUUUCCCGUGGGGGGGGGGGCAUUUUUUGAAAAGGAACCUUUCUAUGAGAUAAUAUAUUAGAGGGGGAUAGCAAUGGCUGAAGGUCACAUGUGUGGCCUAUAUACCACGCAUGAAUAGGGAGGGGUCUGGGGAGUACUCCCCCAGAAAAUUUUUGAAAUUUGAAUCCCGGAAAUGUUAUUUCCUGCAUUCUGAGCAUCCAAAUUUGCUCCAAAAUUUAUGCUAACUAUACUUGUAUUUGAAAUAAAUAAAGGAAAAAAUUAACUAUCAUUUAUCAUUACUUAUUAGAGGAGGAUAGCAAUGGUCAGGUGUGUGGGGGUGUACUCCCCCAGAAAAUUUUUGAAAUUUGAAGCACAGAAAUGCUAUUUCCUACAUUCUGAGCAUCCAAAAUAUAAAAAAAAUUAUUAACAAUAACUUAUCAUUACUUAGUGGUAGAAAAAAGUAACAAUUUAAAUCGAUUUUGUUAAACAAGGACAAAGGAUAAAGCCUAAAACUUACUUUCCGUUUAUGUAUUUGUUAAUCUUCGCUGGUUUGUUUCUAUAAUUUUAGGGAAAAGGGACUUUUCCAAAAUGUGAUUUCAUGGGGGGGGGGGGGACUGGGGGGGGGCAUUUGCCCCCAGCUUGUAUGUUAAAAAAGGCCCUGCAUGAGCAUCACCAAUUGAUAUCACCAUCAUCACCUGCCCCCAUCAUCACCAGCACUAUUAUCAUCAACAUCAUGACCAGCAACACUAACACCAACAUUGCCAUAACCAUCACCACCACCAUCAUUAUUACAGACAUCGCCACAGUAUCACUGGCAUCAUCAUUAAUACCGGCACUGCCUUAACCAUCAUCACCAUCUCAUUGUCAUCAUUAUCGAAUCAAGCUUGCGCAGAAUGAUAUGUUUCACAGCUACAUUCUCCACAGGUGUCAUACUAAUAUGCACAUAUGUUUUCAUAACACACUCUAUAGGUAAAUCUGGGAAUGGCUCUUACCGAUUUGUAGACCACUACAAAUAUUUGUCUGCCUGGUUUGAGCUGGUCAACCUUCCUGAUAAAAUAAUUGUGGUGUGUCAUGACUGGGGAUCUGGGCUCGGCUUUCACUGGUGCCACCAAAAUUCAAAUCGAGUGAAAGGUAUAGUUCAUAUGGAGAGCAUUGCUAGUGUCAUCAAGUCCUGGAAUGCCUGGCCAGAAAUUGCAAGAGAUAUAUUUCAAGCUAUUCGCACAGAGGCAGGUGAAGAAAUGAUCUUGAAAAAGAAUCUAUUUGUUGAUCUUCUUUUGCCAAACAGUAUCAUGCGUGAUUUAACCAAAGAGGAACAGGAUGCAUAUAACAUGCCUUAUAGAGAAGAAGGGGAAAGUCGUCGACCCACCUUGACUUGGCCAAGAGAGAUUCCAGUUGAGGGAGAAGGUCCGGAAGAUGUGCUUAAAAUUGUCAACGAGUAUGGAGGAUUUUUGUCAACAUCAAAUAUCCCAAAAUUAUUCAUUGAAGCUGAACCAGGGUUCUUCAGCAAAGCCAUUAAGAAAGUCGCACUACAAUGGCCCAACACAACGACGGUGAAAGUAGAUGGUUUACAUUUUUUACAAGAGGACUCACCUGAUGCCAUAGGCAUUGCAAUUCAAUCUUUUGUUGAGAAAUUGUAA